AGUACUCAACAGUUACCGCUGAAAAUUCCAACAGAAGAAGCCCAAGUUUUUCAAAGCUCAUCACAUCAACGUUCACCAAAGUACCAAAUAAUUCUCCGCAACAAGACUUAACAUGCAUCCCUCAGCGCUUCUUAUACUAACGCCACUCCCUUUCCAGUUUCCACUCCUCAACUUUCCCAGAAUCGCUUUUUAUUUUCUCACCAACCAAACAUGACCAAACCCCAACUUCCCCACCACCUCAUCCUCGCUUUCUUAAUUCACCUCACUCUCUCAAACGCAGUCGUUUCAGCCCGACUCUUCCCCAACGUCUCCUCCUGGCUCCCCGACUACGCGCCCCUCGGCGGCGCGUGGGACGCGUUCCGUAACUUCACCGGCUGCCACCGCGGCGACAAUUACGACGGCCUCGCCAACCUCAAAUCCUACUUCCAGCGCUUCGGCUACAUCCCUCACGCGCCGCCGUCCAACUUCUCCGACGACUUCGACGACGCGCUCGAGUCCGCCAUCAAGACUUACCAGAAGAAUUUCAACCUCAACGUCACUGGCGUCCUCGACGACGCCACGCUCCGCCAGAUCGUGCUGCCGCGGUGCGGCGUCGCCGACAUCAUCAACGGCACAACGACGAUGAACGCCGGCAGGGAGAACCAGACGGCGUCGUUCGGCAAGCCGCGGUUCCACACGGUGGCGCACUUCAGUCUCUUCCCCGGUAUGCCGCGGUGGCCGGAGGGAACGGAGGAGCUUACGUACGCGUUUUUCCCCGGGAACGAGCUGAGCGAAGCCGUGAAAAGCGUCUUCGCCGCGGCGUUCGCGCGGUGGGCGGAGGUGACGUCGCUGAGGUUCCGCGAAACGGCGUCGUAUUUCGGCGCGGACAUUAGGAUCGGAUUCUUCAGCGGCGACCACGGCGACGGGGAACCGUUCGACGGGAGUUUGGGGACUUUGGCGCACGCGUUCUCGCCGACGAACGGGAGGUUCCACCUGGACGCGGCGGAAGACUGGGUGGUUUCCGGCGACGUGACGCGGUCGGCGCUGGCGACGGCGGUGGAUUUGGAGUCGGUGGCGGUGCACGAGAUUGGGCACUUGCUAGGGUUAGGGCACUCGUCCGUGGAGGAAGCGGUUAUGUUUCCGACGAUUUCGUCGCGGAGGAAGAAGGUGGUUCUGGCGGAGGAUGAUAUUACGGGGAUUCAAUUCCUCUACGGUUCCAACCCCAAUUACAAUGGCUCCAGCGCCACGUCAUCACCGGAGAGGGACUCGAGCGACGCUGCUCGGUGCCUCACUCGUGCGAGGUCCUCCUUUGGCCUUUUAACUUUGUUGACUUUUGCAUUUUCUUUUUUUGCAUUAUUAUAGAAACUCCUUUUCAUUUUUUAUUAGUAUUAUUUAUCUAAAAUAUAUGCGAGCCUUAUUUGGACCUGGCUUGCACUGGAAUGGCACCAUUCGUGCCCCUCUCCUUUAACUUUUUUUUUUUUUCUUUCUCUGAUUGUUGUUUGUUGUUCCAUGAUUACAAGACACACUGUAUAAAUUCAUAUAGAAUUUCAUGGUGUAUAUCGUAUAUAAUAAAAUUUCAUUUAUAAACA